AUGCACGCACUUCGGCUUAUGUGGGCUGCUCAUAACGAGGAGAUGUGGCUCAGGCGCCGCCGAAGUAACGCGAUGCGUCGGUUGGUGAUGAGCCAAAUAGAUGAGAUGCCCGAAGAACUCUUCAGAGAAAAUUACAGGUUCUCUAAACUUUUGUUUAGGAACCUUUGUUACAAUUACAAUCAUCUACUUCGUUACGAGGUACAAGAGAAAUCUCUCUGGAAGUCAAGCCAUUAUGUUUUGAUUGCUUCUAUAUUUGAAAAUACUGAUAUGAAUAGUGAUGAGUGUCAAACAUGUUCAUUCACUCCUGUAGUGAAAGUGCAGCUUAAGGGUGAACUUACAUACAUACCGACCGCGAAUGAACAUGUUUGA